AUGUCGGGUAACAAGAGUUGUCCGCUCUUCUUCCUCUUCAUCAUCUUUUAUUCACUCGCGGCCGCGGACUCCACAGACAUAUUGUAUGAAAUCGCACCAUUCAUUAGGGUUUACAAAAAUGGCAGCGUUGAGAGAUUAAUCGGAACAGAUACGGUUCCUCCGUCGCUGAAUCCGAAAUCCAAAGUUCUCACCAAAGACAUCAUCACUGAACCAUCUCUCAACAUCUCCGCAAGGCUCUAUCUCCCUCGCUCCGCUGCCUCGCUCCAACUUCCCCUUCUAAUCUACAUCCACGGCGGCGCGUUUUGCACCUGUUCCCCUUUCUCUUCCACCUACCACUACUACCUAAACUCCAUCGUCGCUGAAGCUAACGUCGUCGCUGUCUCCGUCAAUUACCGUUUAGCCCCAGAGAACCCUCUCCCCACCGCCUAUGAAGACUCAUGGUUCGUCCUUAAAUGGAUCUUCUCCCACUCCAAACAGGGCGGAGGCGGUAGCGAGGCAUGGCUGCGGAACAACGUCGAUUUCGACCGUGUUCACGUGAGUGGAGACAGCGCUGGAGGCAACAUAGCCCACAACGUGGUGGUCCGGGCCGGGUUGGGAACGGGUCGUGUUAGGAUCAGCGGAUUGUUCCUGAAUUGCCCGCAUUUUUGGGGGAAGGAAAGAAUUGGGAAUGAAGCGGGUGACCCGGAAAUGGUGGCGCGGGAGAAGAGUAUAUGGAUCCAUGCAUACCCGAAUUCCACCGGGUUUGACGACCCGCUGUUGAACCCGGAUUACGACCCGAAUCUUUCGAAACUCGGUUGCAAAAGGGUUGUGGUUUAUGUUGCUGAAAAUGACAUAUUGAGAGAUAGGGGAUUGCAAUACAAGAAGGCGUUGGAGAAGAGCAAGUGGGAAGGAGAGGUGAAGAGUGUGGAGGUGAAGGGAGCUGUUCAUGUUUUCAAUCUACGCUUACCUGAAAGUAAAGAUUCAAAGGAAAUGAUGAAACAUUUUGCUUUAUUUCUCAACGAGAAAGAAAAGUCUCACUGUGGUUUGGGAUUAGAGAGAGCGAUUAUAGUCUACAAAAAUGGCAGACUCGAGAGGCUUACCGGCGAAGAUGUUGUCCCUCCAUCCAGCCACUGGAGUCCAAUCCAAAGACGUCCAAAUCGCGGCGGAGUUCAACCUCAACCUCUCCGCCCAACGCCGAUCCUACCAAAAAACUCCCGCUUCUCGUCUACUUCCACGGCGGCGGCUUUCCCCCGAAUUCCCGACCCGGCUGCGUUCGAGGAUUCAUGGCGCGCCCUCAAGUGGAGCGCCGAGGGCGAGGAGGAAUGGAUGAACGAAUUCUCCGAUCUGAAUCGUGUGUAUUUAGGCGGGGACAGCGCGGGCGGGAAUAUAGCACACAAUAUCGCCAUGCGGGUCGGGUCGGAGAAUCCGGAGGGUUUUAAGUUGGAAGGGAUGUUCCUGAAUUGCCCCGCCUUUGGGGGAGUGGAUCCGAUUGGGCGCGAAACGGCGGAGGAGUUCUAGAAGAGGGCGGAGUAUUCUGAGAAACUGUGGAAAUAUGUUUGCCCGAGCUUGAGGCAUCGGGACGAGGGAUGGGUGAACCCGGGUAAGGAUCCGAAUUUAUCGGGUUUGGAUUGCCGGAAGGUGUUGGUUUAUGUUGCGGGGGAGGAUUACCUCAAGGAUAGAGUGUGGUAUUAUAAGGAGGUGCUGAGCAAUUGUAGAUGAGCAAUUGUAGAUGGAAGGGAGUGUAUCGAGGUUGCCGGUGAAUUCCAUGAUUUCUGUGUGAAUACUCCAGAUAAUCAGGUAGGAAUAGAUAUGACGAAAAAAAAGUGGAUUCCUUUAUCAAUAACUAAAUCUAUUAUCAUGUUAAGUGAUAUAUCGAUUGUUAUUGUAAUUGUAAUUGUUAUGACUUAUGGUGGUGCUUCAUGAAAGAAUUAAUUGGUA